AUGGUGUUCAAGUUACCGACGUUUAAGAAGUGUAUGUGUUGUCUAUCGCUUAAAACUGGUUCUCUAUUGAUCGGCUAUGUGUCUGCUAUAUUUUCAACAUUUGUAUUAAGUUUGAUCUCAGUGUCACUAUACAAAGUAAUCACGUUUGUGGAUCAUCAAAGGAAUGAAACGGUCACAGAUACAGAAACACAGACAGAAAAUCCCACAGAUAAAGUCAACGAAGUUGCCAUAAGUCUAUAUCUCACGCACGCGUAUUUAAUAGUGGUAUUCGCUUAUAAUAUUAUAAUAAGCAUUGUUCUUAUUGUUGGAGUUCAUAAGGAGAACACAAAAUUUAUGAGGGAUUAUUUCAAAGCUGGUUUAUUCCUGUUAAUAUUAGCACUUGCCACCGUCGUAGUAUCUACAGUUUUCUUACACUUUUUUGUAACGCUGUCAUUACUAAAAUGGAGUGUUACAAUUCUCUAUUGCCUCAUUAUGGUACGAAGCCAUUACUUAGAACUCGAAGAAGCACGCAAGCCACCAGUAAUUGAAAUGGAAACACUUUAUAACCCACCAAGACUGCCAUCCCAUUUGUACGCGUAG